AUGGGGACAGGAAGGACUCUGACCCAACCUUUCUCCCCACAGAUCCAGGAUCUCCUCUCGUCCCAGGAGCAGCAGAAACCCGCCGAGACGGAGGCCAGCGCAGCAGACACAGGAAAGCAGCUGGUGCACUACACGGCCCAGCCCCUCUUCCUGGUGGACUCCAGCGCGGUGGACAUGGGGAGCGGGGACCUGCCCAUCUUCUUCGAGCUGGGGGAAGGGCCCUAUUUCACGGACGGAGACGAGUACUCGGAAGAUCCCACCAUCUCCCUCUUGUCGGGGACUGAGCAGCCCAAACCCAAGGACCCUGCGAUAUCCUAAAGGGUUUGGAAGGAGAGGAAGAAUCCACACCUAAAGGGAAGAUCCCAGCCGUCAGCAGCCUCCUCGCUUCGCACAGACGUUGACAAAGCUCUAAACACCCUCUGGUUCGUGUUCGCUUCCCCCGGCACCGUGAGGAUUUCAUUUGUGUGUGUGCUUCAAUGAGGUGUUUUGAAAUCUGCUUUAGAUUCUCCAGCCACCCAGCGCUCCUCCGCUUUGGUGGCCGUUGCCUUGGGGAGGUGGGGGGUGAGGGGGGGGGCCCAGGCUGUGCGUGAAACCCCCCCCCCUCCUCACCAUCUGCU